UCGACCUGCCAUUGGUGACUUGGGCUUAUGUAGACCUGUUAAGGAAGAAUUAAAAAAUUCAGAUGAAAAGCCUGUCUUCGGUGUCCUUCCUUAUGUUGCCCCAGAAGUUCUCUUCGAUUAUAGUUAUGCUCAUGAUGCUUCAUUGGCCCUGGAUAUUUCCAGGGGAUUAAGACCGGAAAUAUUAGAAGGAACACCUAAAAAGUAUGCUGAGAUAAUGAAACUCUGUUGGCACAAAGAUCCAGAAAGACGACCGAAUGCAGACGAGUUAGUUAAAAAAUUAGAAAUGUUAAUGAAUGAUCAAGAGAUUAAUAACGGUGUUGUGCCUACUUUACAUACUGAUGAGAUCCAUCAUCCUGAUGCUGUGUAUACAAGUAGAGUUUUGCAAUUUCCAGAUUUAAAGAAUGCUAAAUUUAAUAUUACUGAUUCUAACUCUGAAGAUUUCGAAAAUGAUACAAAUG